CACUUCCGGGGCGUGGCAGGCGGCAAGAUGGCGGCUCCCAUGGAAGUGGCCGUGUGUACGGACUCGGCGGCCCAGCUGUGGAGCUGCGUGGUGUGGGAGCUGCAUUCGGGCGCCAAUUUGCUCACGUAUCGCGGCGGCCAGGCCGGACCCCGCGGCCUGGCGCUGCUCAAUGGCGAGUACCUGCUGGCGGCGCAGCUGGGCAAGAACUACAUCAGCGCCUGGGAGCUGCAGCGGAAGGACCAGCUCCAGCAGAAGAUCAUGUGCCCUGGGCCUGUCACCUGUCUGACCACAUCACCCAACGGCCUCUAUGUCCUGGCGGGGAUUGCGGAGAGCAUAUAUCUGUGGGAGGUCUCCACGGGGAGCCUUCUGGUCAUCCUGAGCCGCCACUACCAGGACGUGUCGUGCCUGCAGUUCACGGGGGACAGUAGCCACUUCCUGUCGGGGGGCAAGGACUGCCUGGUGCUGGUGUGGAGCCUGUGCAGUGUGCUGCAGGUGGACCCCUCCAGGACCCCGUCCCCCCGGCACGUCUGGUCUCGCCACACCCUCCCCAUCACGGACCUGCACUGUGGCUUUGGGGGGCCCCUGGCCCGGGUGGCCACCUCCUCCCUGGACCAGACAGUGAAGCUGUGGGAGGUCUCAUCGGGCGAGCUGCUCCUGUCCGUGCUCUUUGACGUGGGCAUCAUGGCCGUGACCAUGGACCUGGCCGAGCACCACCUCUUCUGUGGCGGCAGUGACGGCGCCAUCUUCCAGGUGGACCUCUGCAGCUGGCCUGGCCAGAGAGAGAAGAGCUUCCAGCCGGAGCAGGACAGCGGGAAGGUGUUCAGAGGGCACAGGAACCAGGUGACCUGCCUGUCCGUGUCUGCUGAUGGCAGUGUGCUGCUCUCCGGCUCCCACGACGAGACUGUGCGUCUCUGGGACGUCCAGAGCAAGCAGUGUAUCAGGACGGUGACCCUCAAAGGCCCCGUGACCAACGCCUCCAUCAUGCUGGCGCCCGUCAGCAUGCUGAGCUCAGACUUCAGGCCAGGCCUGCCCCUGCCCCAUUUCAACAAGCACCUUCUGGGCGCCGAGCACGGGGACGAGCCGCACCAUGGGGGCUUCACGCUGCGCCUGGGUCUCCACCAGCAGGGCUCGGAGCCCAGCCACCUGGAGAGGGCAGAGCAGUUGCUCGGGGUGAUGAGCAGCACGAUGGAGAAGAGCGUCCUGGGCAGCCAGGACCAGCUGCGGAUCCGCGUGGCCGAGCUGGAGGAUGAGCUGCGGAACCUGCGCAAGGUCAACCGCGAUCUGUUCGACUUUUCCACGCGUAUCAUCACCCGGCCGGCCAAGUGAGCCCGGCCCG